UCUCAUACAAUGCCAAAAUUUCAACUCUUGUUAUGUUUCACCAUCCUCGCUGUAACCAUAACGUUCUUCAAUGUAGCUUCAGCUCACGUGACAAUUAAACCUGUUUUACCGCAGAUUCAAGAUCCAACGACUGUGAAAGAUGUCGAGCCUUAUACCAUUAAAGUUGUGACAAAUUUCUUGGUAGACCUCGAGAAGGAAUGUCCUAAAACAGAGAAGUUUAAGGUCUUUUUCGAAACCUUUAAGGCGUAUUCCAAAUAUGUGUGCCCGGUCUCUAAAGCGCGAGGCUACGAAUCUGAUAUGAAGGCCAAAGCUAGUAGCCUUUUUAAGGCAAUGUCAGCUCUCAAUUCCGUUGAAAAUAGAUCUAGAGGAGGACAAGUUAAUAUGAGUCUAGACCGGGAAAAAGUGGAAGUCAUGAAAACUGUUAAACUACUACAAUCCAUCGGUGAGAAGAUUGCGAGUGGGAGGAAUAACAAACUAACAGUCGAACAACAGAAAGAAAUCAAAGAUGGGAUCUUAAAAUGGAUUCAAGUAGUUACUCGAAUCGCAAAGAUAGGCGAAGAAAUCGACUCGAAAGAUUCAUCAAAACCUCAAACAAGUCAAGAUGGGAGCAAUGAAGAGAAAUCUUCAACACAAACACAAACCAAAAGAAGAAGUCUAAGAGCAAGGGCUCAAAUCACAGCGUUACCGAGAGGUAGCCGCCGGACUAAGGUAGGAAACAAGGAUGAUACCUUAAGAAGAAGAAAAUCAAAGAGGCACACAAAUAUCAAGAGUAGCAAAAACAAUACCUAA